CGCGUCUGGAAAGUAGACGACCGUGCGUCGCCUUGAGGGGAAAAUAAAAGAGAAGCGGCGGUGGCGGCGGCAGGAUUCGCGCGUCGUGCGCGUUCGUCGCGAUUUCCCGCUGCCACGAUCCCCGAACAGGCCGCACUAUCCGCAGUGGUACGAGAAGGAGAGCGAGAAACGCGGCAUUUGCGAAUCGCCACCGCGCGCCUUUUCCGCUGGAUUAUGUUGAUAGCAUUCAUUCGCGAACAUCAUCGCGCGGCGCCGACGACGACGACGACGACGACGACGACGACGACGGAAACCGGGACGCGAGCGAGAGGUGAAACCGAGAGGAAAAACAAGCGGCACUCAUACUCACGGUCGUCGAGGAUCGUCCGGCAGAGCUUGAAGCUUCAGAUUCUACUACGACGGAUCUCGUCGAGGAAACGCAAUCCGAAAAGGGGAAUUGUGGAAGUGACGAUAUAGAAACAGCGAAUGACGUCAAUAAGGACAACAUGGUUUCAUCGAGUUACAAUCAGACAUUGGACUAUUCAAGUGACAAAAACACACUUUCCUUUGAUUCUAAUAUGACAGCUUGUAGCGCUCCUUUUCUCGAUUAUGAUCAUUACGACUAUGAUGAAUAUCACGAAUAUGAUGAUUAUUAUAUCAACAACACGAUUCAAGAAGAAGAUUUUGAGAACGACAAAAAGAUCCUUGAAAAAGAGUCUCUGGUAGAUCUACCUAAGGGGACUUUUGGCGGUUUGAGUUUGCAAGAAUGUCUCGAUAAUAUUGAAAAAUACGGAAGGGCCAUUCAGAUGUUGCACCUCGGAGAGAAGUCUAUCGAUUCAGGAAUUUCCUCAGAUAACCUAAACGUAGAUGAUGAUAAUAAAAAGAUUGCAGGACAGCUCAUCGGCAACUGUGUAGACUCAAAAAAUACGACUGAGGAAAGCAACAUCAUCGUAUGCGCGAAUGCUGAAAAACAUAUAAAAAAUAAAGAAAGGAGGCAUGACGGAAACGUUAUGUCGUAUGUGGACAGUACUGAGAAGCUUCUUCGAGAGGAACUCGAUGUAGUCACAGAACCCAAUGAUUGUCGUUCAAAUGAUAGUGAGAUAAAAAAUGAUAUCAAUCUUUUGAAAUGUGCAAAAGGGAAUACAAAAAAUAUGUCGUGCAAUGUAAACAUCGAAGAGGAUGAUACAAGAGAAGCAGCUGCAGAUGAAACGAAUCAAAUAUUUAACAAUAUCUCAAGCAAUGAUGAGCAAGCAAUGCACACAAGUAAUGACGAGCGAAGCGCGGAAGAUCGAAUGCUGGAAGCUUUAUCUGCUGCGAAAGCGGAAGACGAUCAGGACGAUGUGAUGAGGAGAAUCAUCGAAAGCUGUUCCGACGUAUCUAUGAUGUAUCUCCGACGCCACUCGAUCUACGAAAGCUCAGACGUGGUUCUCAGAAGAUCGAGCAGCGAAUGUGCGAUAGAGAAAUUUCAAGGAGACGAAUUUCUGCCACGUCGUCAGGUCGUUUCCGAAGCUGUCAUAGCCAAAGAGGACAUACUAAAAACGAUCGAGGAGGCAAAGAAGAUACUGACUGACAGCCCAUACUGGGACACGUCGAAGACGAGCGGCAAUCAAGCAGCUGACUGUUACGUCGAAGGUAAUUCGCCGGUAAGGCUUUCAAAUGAAACGGAGAGUGACGAAGAGCGUGAGAUGGUGAAUGAGACGAAGAAUAGUUUCGUCAAGGUUCAAGGUACCACAAUGAAAUUACCAAACGUGAAAAUUGAGCGAGUCGUUGCCUCGGAGUCCGACGUUGUUAAGAGCAAUUUGGAGAGAUUGGCUGAAAUUACGUGUCCCGAUCGUCCCAAGUCGCUCAUCGAGAUUCAUGAAACUAUCGAGAAAAUAGCCGAGGAGAAAAGAAGAAUAGAAGAACGAAAGAAAGAGUCGCUGGAGGCACUGUCGAGGAAGUUCGUCGAGAUCGAAAAGCUCGUCGGCGAUCAUAACGAUACUUUUUCUACAUUCGACAGCGAUCCGUGCUACGUCAAGAUUCCGAACGACGUCGCCGACGAUUCCGACAGUCUCGACGAGUUUCAGGUGGAUCCCGAGGAUCUCGAGGUACCUUUGACGAAGUCCGAGAUAACUGAGAAUUUGAGAAUCGAAGAGUUGGAGAGGCAGCUCGCUAAUGAAAUUGAGGAGCACAAACGGCUGAUAGACGAAUAUCAGAAAAUUAUCUCCACGGAUUUAGAAGUCGUCCAGGAAGCGGCCUCAAAGCCCCAGUCAGUGCGAGUUUGUACGGACGAGAAUAUCAAUGAAGAAAUCAAAGAAUUAGAGAACAACGAACUGGUGGUCGAGGAACUUCAAAACGAAACGUCUGGUCCGGCUUUCAUCGAUACAGCAUCGAUGAAAGCCGAUUCGGAAUCGGACGAUUCUCUUUCGGAUUUUCACGAGGAACCUGAGAAAACCUAUGUCAAGGGAAAGAUGUACGAUUUCGACGAGAAGAAACACGGUGUUAGGAUGACGGAGGACCUGAUCAGGAAGCACUGCAAGGAACAUAAACUCUAUCAGACGCCGUAUCUGAACGACGUCCUGUACCUGCAUUACAAAGGCUUCUCCUUCAUCGAAAAUCUCGAAAAGUACACAGGUCUGAAGUGCCUGUGGCUGGAGAACAACGGAAUACGCGAGAUCGCCAAUCUGGAUAACCAGAGGGAACUCAAGUGCCUGUUCCUGCAUCACAACCUCAUCAAAAAGAUUGAGAAUCUCGAUUGUCUGCCGAAGCUCGACACUCUAAAUCUCUCGCACAACACGAUACGGAGGAUUGAGAAUCUCGACAACCUCAAGUUCCUGAACACCCUGAACCUGUCGCACAACUACCUACAUGAGACCGCCGACAUCGAGCAUCUUCGUCUGCUGCACGCUCUCACGGUCUUGGACAUUUCUCACAACAGGAUCGACACCUGCGACGUCGUUGACAUUCUGGGUGAUAUGAAGUCGCUGCGCGUCGUAACGUUGACCGGUAAUCCCGUGCUGAAGCAGAUCAAGAUGUACCGCAAGACUAUGAUCCUGAAGUGCAAGAAUCUGCAGUAUCUGGACGACAGGCCAGUAUUUCCGCGUGAUCGCGCUUGUGCCGAGGCUUGGGUGCGCGGCGGUGUCGACGAGGAGGUGGCCGAGAGGAACCGAUGGAUCCAAGCGGAGCAGAAGAAGAUCAACGACAGUGUCAUGGCCCUGAUAAACAAAAGGAAGCUAUACAAACCGGUCGAGACGUCCGAAAAGGAGGAGGCGGAUAAGAAGAAGGAGGAGGAGGAGGACGCAGAAGACGCCACGAAGUCAAGCGUGAGCGCGGCACCGAGGAGCAGCGGACUGCUCGACCUGGAGAGGAAGAAAAAAUCCAAAGAGCGAUCCUUCCUCGGUUCCUACGCCUCUUCGUCGUCGUCGUCGUCUGAUGGAGAGCUCGCGAGCGACGAAGAAAACGAAGACAUGCGGCAAAAAGGAAGCGAGGAAAGUGACAGAAGGAGGCCAAUGGCGGAGGAAGAGAGAAAAGUUUCCGACGGAAACAACGAGGAGCUCCUGUUACCCUGGAAAGUCGAGAUUCGAGAGAAGAGCCAACCACGGAGGUUAGUCGAAGAAAUAUCGGAGUCUAUGCGACACGUCGCCGAUGACGCGGAGAAGAGGUGGCUCGGGAGGCAAAUUUUGGACGGUCGUAGCAGCGCGAAUGAUCCAUCCGGCGGUUCUAUCGUUGGCAGGGAGAUUGCUGAUAGUAAAAAGUUAAUAUCGGAGUCAUUAUCGGUAGAAGAAAACGAAAAAGAGAUGCCAUACUUACGAAAGUCGACCGGGGACGACGACGAGACGAAAGAUCGCGAAAACGAGAAGAGACUCACGCGUUCCGUCUCGUGCGACACGUCGGAUCUCAAGUCGAUGUUAGAAGAUCACAAGUCCACGAACGCAAUCAUCACUGUGAGAGACGAUACAACGAAUAAAAUUAUCGCUAAGAACUAUCCGAGGAAAAGCAAGGAAUAUCCAUUCGGCUCCAAGCUGAGCAGCAUCCGAGAAGAGAUGAGAGAGUUCUGCAACAGUAUGGACAGGUUUGUUGACGAAAACAAGAUAGUGUUCAAGAACGGCGAGGUGGAGGGAUUCUGGAAACAGAGGAUGACGGAUGCGAAUUCGCAAACUGAUUCAGUCGACGAGCGCGAGACCCGAGAAACCGAGGCCGAGGGUUCCGCGAACGAGGAAGAUAAAUUACGAUGGUGGAAUACCAAGGAAAGAAGAUUGAAGGUUCAAGAAAUCAUAAAGAAACGGGAGGACGAAGCGAAGGAAGAUCGAGCAGGAGGUAUUAGAAUGAAUGAAACUAUCGAUCGCAGUCCACAGGAAGACGAGAUGUCGAGAACUGAUAAUUUCCAAGAUGUCUACGAUUUGAUGACAUUGAAGACUUGUCCGAACGUUUUUCCGGAAUCAACGGAAACAUAUGGCGCGAAAAGUGCGAGUAGUCUUGAGUGUGAGCAGUCUGCAAAAGUGCAGGAGAAAUCAUGCGGAGUGCUCGACAGCCUCUUCGCGGAAUUGCGAAAUUGCGACAAUGAUCUCAGGAUACGUCAGCCGAAUGUUACAAACAAGCUAAUGCUGAAUUCCCAAACAUCCGCAAUCGAUGCAGAGAGGCAAUAUAUCUAUAAUCUCAUUCAUACAACAACGAAUGCUGAUUCUGACAAGCAAUCUGCGAGUCGCAAUGGUAUCGCGAAGGCAGGCGACAAUUUUGACGCGAAAAUGGACAUUUUUGAGAACAAGUUUAACAGCCUUUCUCUAGAAUCGCUGAAAGAGAAGAAAAACAUGAACGAGCCCGACGACGAGUCCGACAAUGAGUCCUUCAAGACAGCAACGUCCUUGUCAGAAGAUACACAAAUUGUAGAGAGUAAUCAGGGCUCGCCGCAAGGUUUGAUAUUGCCCGCGAUGGAAAAUAAUGACAACAUUAUCAAUAUAAUUAAAAACAAAAGUAUCGAUAAUCCACUAAACAAUUAUUGCAAAGAAAUUGCUUUAGAUAAAGAAGAGCGCGCUGACGCGAUUGAUAAAGAUAAGGAAAAUGAUAAAGUGGAAAGAUCUCCCGAUAGCGGUAGCAAACGAGGAUUAUCAACUGAAACCACUAAGUUACCUAAUUCUCAAGUAAAAUUGCUCGUGCGAACAAUGGAUCGCUUGUCCUUGGAAAGAACGAGUCAACUUUCGAGAUUGACGGGCAAAAGAACUCGCGAGGCCGAAGACAUCCGAGUCAACACCAAGAAAUCUCUCCUCAUCGAGGAAGUAGAUCCUGGCAGGAAGUCGGAAAAGCGCAAAACGCGCGGUCAAAUUUCCGAGAGAUGCAGACAGCACGCGAUACAGGAGGCGAGGAAAUUCGUGAGGAAAGCGUCGCCUUUGAUUGACAAAUGCAUCACCACUCUCAUAAGAGACACGGAGAAUGCCAACGGAAAAUCGCGUUAUUACAACAAAUACGGCCGAAGAAGUCUCGCAGAAUGUCUGACGUCCGCUUUCGCGGCGAAAAGUGAUCUUGAUAAGGGCGAUUCCAGAGCACGAAACAAUCGACGUGACAAAUGUGGAGGCGAAUCUGAAGAUACAACGAAUGCGUAUCCUGCGAGACAUGAAUCGAUGGCAAAGGGAACGAUUAAUUCGGGAUCUACUGCACCAGCUGAUGAUACCGAUACUCGAUCGUUUGCUAAUCUUUUACGACAGUCCGGAAGCGCUUGCAAAUCGCAAUCAACGACAUUAAAACCCGAUGUAUCUCUUUACAAAGAAUUUUGCGAUCAUCUAGACGAAUUAGAAAGCAAAAAAAUAUCACUGAUUAAGCCGGAUUUCGCAACGGUCGCAACACGAGAACAAGAAGAACACGAGAAGUUGCUUGACAACGAGCCGUUACCGGAAACGGAAUAUUCCAUGAAGAAAUCGAUCAAACCGCUGAUCAAGGUGAUUUCUGAAAGCCCAGUAAAUUCUAAUGAGACCGAGCAGAUUAUGGAACGCAACGAGAUUGAAGAGGAAUUCCGCGGCCCUCAACAUACUUUCAAUUAUAAUAAACAAAAUGUUAUCUUCAGAAAGUUAUCCGAGGAGACGAUCAUGACGGCCGAUAAUUCUGAAAAACACCCUAAUCACGAAUACUUGGUUAAUUCAAACGAGACGGGAACAUUCUCAACGUCGAGUACAUUAGAAAACGCGGGAUGCAAGGAAGAGCGUAUAUUGUCAGACGAAAAGCGUGAAACCAAUAUAAGAAAGAGCAUAGAGAUGCGAGUGGCACAGGAAAACUAGAAUGAACCAAAGUUUCAUUUGAAUAUAUUAUCUCCCAACCAGAAAGAUUGCGAUUAACGUGUCCGAGGUACGUUUUGAUCGGACAAACAGUAAAACAAUAAGAAGUUGAUUUCAUCUUGGAACAGGCUCGAUAAUUCGCAUACGCAAUCGCAGAAUUUGUUGUAGAUGGUUGUAAAACGUUCAUUAGUUUAAGUUCACAGAAUGUUCAACAGUUUCCUUUUCCUUCUGUUCGAAAUAAACGUAUUAUCCCGAUUAGUUUCGAUCUCAAACUCGAGAAAAACGCACAUCGACGCACGCGAAUUAAGGAACGACUCAUAGGUGGUGGAACAGACCGACCUUCUACUACGUACACUUUAUUUUUGUGUCCACACACACUCACAUCAAUUAUAAUAUAAUAAUCAUAAUCAUAAUCAUAAUAAUGACGAUGGCGAUGAUUCGAUGAGCCAUAAUUAAUAGUAAUAAGAAUUAAUCCGUAAUUAUGCGCAAUGAUAAACGUUCGCACGCGAAAGAAACGAUAGAGUCUCUCUGUCACGUUUAAAUAUAUUAUCUCUUUACCGUCGUGUGCGUGUGUAUAUAUAUAUAUAUCUUUAUAUAUGUGUGUGUUUGUGUUCUUAUGUGUGUCUGUGUUUUUUUUUUUUGCGCAUGUGUACAUGUAUCUUAUCAAUCUGGUCUCCAAAUAGAUCCCAGUGAAUCACUGCUUAUUCCCGCAGAAGCUGCCACCUUGUCACUUGGCAAAAAAGCUCUUGAUAUUAUAAUAUAUUUAUAUAGAGUGAUACCGCAUAAACGAAAUUGUCCCACUUUGCUGUCCGACUGCCUCGGCCCCUCUCAUCCAAUUGCCUCUUGCAUCUUCCUUCCCCUUCGUCUUGUCCUUGGUUUUAUUAGAAAUAUGUCUAUCUACGCGCGCGCGUAGAUACAUACGAACGCGUAUCCCUUCAUAAACAUACGAGUUAUAUCGCGUUCCGUUUUCUGUAGUUUCCGUUUUCUUUAUAGUAAUAGAUUUAUAAAUAUGCAUAUAUCACCUUGCUUCUCCGCACAGGCACGCAGAAAUCAAAGUUUCUCGUUAAUGAACUUUUUCUUUUGCUUAAUCUGUUCUCUUUCGCGCGCACAUACACACGCUCUCUCGAAUAAUUACUUGUGUCUUGUGCACUCUCUCUCUCUCUCUCUCUCUCUCUCUCUCU